AAUGAGUGACGAUUGACACAUACUUGGUUGAUACACCAAAACAAGCCAAAGAAAGCUCAGUAUGGACAUUUUGAUAGAAAGUAUUGUUGACUGAUUAUUAAUGAGUGACGAUUGACACAUACUUGGUAGAUACACCAAAACAAGCCAAAGAAAGCUCAGUAUGGACAUUUUGAUAGAAAGUAUUGUUGACUGAUUAUUAAUGAGUGACGAUUGACACAUACAGGGUAGAUACACCAAAACAAGCCAAAGAAAGCUCAGUAUGGACAUUUUGAUAGAAAGUAUUGUUGACUGAUUAUUAAUGAGUGACGAUUGACACAUACUUGACAGAUACACCAAAACAAGCCAAAAAGCAUUCAAUAAGGAUAAUUUAACAGAAGGUAUUGUUGAUUGAAAUGAUAAUGAAUACCAGCAAUGAUGGUUGCACUGAUGUCAGACCUAGCAGCAGCAAUGGUGUUAGUGUGAGUGGAAAGAGGAUGACCUCAGAGGUCGCGAAGCCAGAACACUCAUUAAUGAGGCGGUCAAGCCUUUUUGUCCAGAACGUAGAGAGAACGAAAGAAAUAAGCAGUAUGCCGUCCCUCCUUGGUUUAUUGACAUCUAAGAGACUGGCCAAGAAAAUCUCAACCCGUCUGUAUGAAAGACGCCAUGGUCAGAACGCGGUGGGAGUGGCUGCGACGGUGACGACAUCAGGUGUAGCAACCACAGCAGCAGCACCUGGGACUUCACUGGGAACAGGUGCGAAACAUGAGCCAACUUACAGAAUGGAACCACUGAGACGAUUCCCGAAAGAGACGAGCCCUUUGGCGGUGAUAAAACGCACCCUUGCUGAGAACCUACGCAAUGUGGAGUACGCGCCGAAAGCAGGGGCUAGACUGGUCAUGUAUCUGAGCGAUGAGAUCAAGGACUAUGUGAAAGCGCUGGAGUUUGACCGUUAUAAGAUUGUCUGUUAUGUGGUCCUGGGCGAAAAGAAAGAUCAGGAUGCAACAGUGAGCAGCCGGUGUUCGUGGGACGACCGGACUGAUGGCUGUGCCUGCUAUACAUAUGAAGCAAACAGCUGGUACUGUACGGCCAUUGUGUAUGGUAUCUAUAAGGAAUAGAGCAGGAAGAAAUAUGUAAUAUGAAAGGUAUUCCAGAAGUCUUGAGACUUUUGAGGAGAGACAUUAAUUUCAGACAAUUUACAAAACUCUAAUCCUUUUCAAAGUAGGAUCUCCUGACUUGAAUAAUUACUCUUUACUCUUUUACUCUUUUACUUGUUUCAGUCAUUUGACUGUGGCCAUGCUGGAGCACCGCCUUUAAUCGAGCAA